UCUGUUCUCUUCUCACUCAAUAAAGAAAUAUCGAUGGCUAGCUGCAGCGUCGCUCGAGGCCUAAAUCCAGACGCGUUGGAGUACUACAGUAUCCGUCAACCAUCUCCUUAUCCAAAUCUUCCUUCAUCAUUUACAUAUGAAACACCAGACCUAAAUCACCGUUCCGAGGUCCUUCAACCUCCAUUUCCAGCAGCCCCACAUUCUUCUCUUUACUUCAACAUAACCCCUGUGUUCCCUCAUGUCCUACCUUCCGAAGCUAUUACCCUGCAACCGCCGCCGCGCGGUGGUCCCUUUGGUCCAUCGACCGAGAUUUACGUUGUGUGGGGGUACCGGGGAUCAAAGUUGUUGGAUGGGCAAGUGGUGAAUAUUCCAGACAGUGGAAACGGGGGGGCAGCUAAAAAAAAGCUUAAAAGCAGAUAUCGUGCAAAGAGAACAAGUUCAGUUCAUACGGGAGAUGGUUUUGCCGCUGUUGGAGCUGGGACUCAAGCUCCUAAGCUCCAUUGGAGGGUAAAGGACAGAAAUCUUGAUGGGGAAGAUGAUCGGAGGCAGUACUAUGUUAGAGCUCUCAGUGGCAGGCAAAAGACUGUUCCAACUCGGGCGUCCAACAAACCAAAGCAGAGGCUGAUGCCCUUGACGCCUGAUGGGGAAGAAACUACGGUUAUGAUAAGAAACAUCCCAAAUCAAUACUCGCGGGAAAUGUUAAAGGAAUUUCUUCUGAAGCAGUGUAAGUCCGAGAAUCAGGAGGGAAACGAAGAAGUGAAGGGUUCCUCUGUUACAGUGUCAGCAUUUGAUUUCCUCUAUCUGCCUAUCGACUUUGGAAGCGGGUGCAAUCAAGGGUAUGCUUUUGUUAAUUUCACUACCCCAGAAGCUGCCUGGAAGUUUUGCCUGGCAUCAAAUUACCAGAAAUGGGAUCGUUUCAACUCUAGCAAAGUUCGUGACAUUCGCCGUGCUAGAAUCCAGGGCAAGGAAGCACUUGUGCGAAAUUUUGAGUGGGUUGAGUUCCCGUUGGAUGGGUACCAGCCCCAGUGCUAUGAACCAGCUCAUGAUGGCUCCCAAGGGCAGGUGGUGAAAGAAAGCUCAAUAGGGAUAUGCGCUAAACAUGCCCUAAAGAAGUUGACAUGACUGUCAUACUUUCUGGUUUGGUGUAUGCUUUAGGUGUUGUGUAGUUUGACUCCAACCUAGCUUUAUUUUCUUUUCCAUUUUCUGUGUUAUCACAUUCUCAGAAUCUGUCCUGUAAGCCUGUAGGCCUUUUUUGGUUUAGGAUAUGAAGGGUCAGUGAGAAAGAUGAUGAUGAAAGAUGGAGGGGUGGACCUUGGCACCUGGAUCUUGAUGUGGAGGUUUAUGAUCAGGUGGUGAGGUCCACCCCGAUUUCAUGCUCU